AUGAUAAGAGAUGGAUUUAACAGAAUAACAAGGAUUUUCAUGGGUAAACGCCGUGGAAUUGCAGCUACAAUUGUUGAAAAGAAUGAAAUGGGUUCUUGCUGCAAUGGGGUUUAUGGUGGACUGAAUUUGAGAGAUGCUGAUGAUGUUGGUGACGCUUCAGGGUUGGUUAAAAUUGAUGUUGCUCUGCAAAGUUUAAUUGGUUUUGUUAUUCUUAUGAACAAUGAAGAUAUCUAUUUGAAUGUCGAUGUGAUUCCGAAGCGUACUUCUCGUUCUAAUUCUGGGUGUAGCACUAGUUCUGGUUCUAGUACUGCAAAUUCUUGUGUAAGUGAAAGUCCUAAACUUCUAAGGGUGGUCGAUCAUGACGCGGACAAGGACAAGCCUCUUAUUAUCGAUGAAUGGGUUUAUAUUUUUGACAAGAUUGGUAGAGAAUUUAUGGGUGGUGUUAAAACUGCUAGGAUUGCUGUUGAUAAGUACAAGAUUGCUACUGGUCACAAGAUUUUUAUUCUUAAAACAGACAAGACUCGUUUUACUGCAAAGUGCGAAGAAGAUGAUUGUGGUUGGAGGAUUCACUUUGGGCCUGUUAAUGGUGACAUUUCUCGGUUUGUGCUGAAAGAUUCUAAUGUUAUUCACAGGUUGAAGAGUCCUGCAGUGACAACCAAGUUAGUUAAGCAUUUGAUCGUUGACAAUAUACAUGGUGAUCCCACUUCAAAACCCAGACAGAUCAUGUCACUUUUUAAGAAGACUUAUGGGUCCAAUAUUAAGUAUCACCAUGCCCAUAGAGGGAAACAAGUCGUAUUUGAAGAAAAAUUUGGUGAUGACGAGAAGUCGUAUAGCGAUUUAACUUGGUAUGUCAAAUCCAUUGAGCAAACUAAUCCUGAUAGCUUUGUGAAAUUUGAAGUUGAUCAAGCAACCAGAAGAUUUCAACGGAUUUUCAUUUGUUUCGGUGCUUGCAAGCAUAACUAUAGGUAUCUCAGGCCCAUGAUUUACUUGGACGUUACUUUCCUUACUGGUAGAUUCAUGGGUACUUUGAUGGAUGCAACAUGUAUCAAUGGAAAUGAUAGUUUUUACUCAUUUGCUUUUGCUCUUGUAUCCGCUGAAAACAAAGAUAACUGGUUUUGGUUUCUGGAUAAUCUUAAACAAGUGGUCGAUCGUCAUCCAAUUGUCUUUCUUAGUGAUCGUCACGAAGGACUUUUGCAGGGCAUUCCAAAAUCAUUUCCUGAUUCAUAUCACAGCUAUUUCUUUUACCACAUCAAGUGCAAUCUCCCUAUUGGAUCACGUGAUGCGAAUUUCAAGGCUGUUAUUGAUUUGUUUUACAAAGCUGGUUACUCUUACACAUCAACUAACUUUGAAGAAUCUUGGGGGCAUGCAUGCAAUUAG